AUGUCCCUAUAAUCCUUUAAGUGCAACAUUUGAAAGACCUUUCUCAAAUGGUUGUUAAUAAAAAUAUAAUCCCAACAUCAUAGACACUGUCACAUUUAUGGACAGUAAAUGGGUUUAAACACCCCAUGCAAUAUGAUUUUUGAUAUUUGUAUUUCAAAUAAAAGGCAUGCUUUGGGUCUGACCCUAACAGUCCUGAUUCAGCUUUAAUCGACAGUGGAUAAGUUUAUACUUGAGAGGGCGGGAAACAAGAUGGCGGGUGCAGUGAGGUACAGAUCCCAUUUGGGGCAGCAGCAGAGUUCUUAAUCUUCUGCAAGAUAGGCUGUCAAGUAGAGCCCCCUUGUGGAGGUUUAAACCAACUGCUCUGACAGGCGUAAAGAUUACGCGUAUGGGAAGGUUAGGCAUGUGCUAAACCUGACAUGGGGAGGUUAUUUUGAUGGAGGGACAGAUAGGGUGGAUAUCCUUGCACCAGUGAGGGGUGAAAGCCUGGUCAGAACAUUGGGGGAUCACUUUGUGGAGCUCUGUCUCCCUCUAUUGGAAAGAUUGAAUAUUGCACAUUUUAAAAGCAAACGUAAGAUUUUAUUCAUUUUUCACUUUUCAUUUAUUUCUACAAGCACAAAAACCUAUGUUGCAGCAAUGUUAUUAAUAAAUGUGCAACUCAUUAUGUUUCUGCACAUCAAUUUCAAAGAUGUGCACAGUCUAUAAUAUAAUAUAGCAUUUGGACAGUUUUAGGAUUAUUAGCAUGUGGUAGAAUGUCAUGUGGGUCUUUUUAUAUAUUAAAUUACACUGUCACUGCUUGCAUGUCUCCAGCUGUUUCUGUGUCUGUUUGUGGGUAGCUGUACCAGCAUCUGUUUUAUGUUUCGAGCGGGAGGGAAAGAAAAAGAAUCAAUUCUGGAAGAACUUAUAGGAAAUAUGUGAUUUACACAGACAUUUAUAAGCAAUACAAUAAUGAAAGUAUGCAGUUUAAUUUCUCUGUAUUUGAUCGCAUCUAUUUGCAAAAAGUUAAAAAAUAUACAGACAGUAAUUGAGAGGACAUGUUCCUAAAAAAGUAUCUCCGCUAAAUCCCCAGAGCUGGUGAAAGAAAAUUGCCUCCAUAUGUACACAGCAUCAUAAUCGUGAACAAAUCAAACUAUGAUUUACCAGCUUGUUGAUCGUGCACGCAGUUGGACUCGUACUGUAGAUGUCACAGGGUGCAUACUCAGAAAGUAACUGCAGAUGAAGAACUAAAGCCAAUAGCAUUGAUGGAGGGGUGGGGGUUAUUCAUGACCACUUUCCAUUCAGUGUAGCACAGAACAAGAGUACUAAACAAGCUGGCUUAUCUGCUGGAGUUUACAAGCAAAUGGGGCAUAGACAAAAUGCAAUGAGACAAGAAGAUUUUCCCUCAAGAUUCUUAGGAAAAUUGUCAAUUUUUCCCAUCUGCGAUCGCGAAGAUGUAAAGAAUUAGAUUCCAUUUGUGUACCUUCCAAAGAAUAAGAGGCGAGCAUAGCUAAAAAAAAAUGCAGUUUUGGCUGGAGAGCUCUGUGGUCAGAAACACUAACAAAGCCAUUUGAUGGGAUUUUCCCCUUUUUUGCAUUUCUCUCCCUCUUUCAGGGGCCUGACCGAAUAUCAUCCAUUAUUAUAUAUUAGUUGUUUUAAAAUAGCAGUAACUUGCACGUUACAUGUAUAGUAAUUACUAGUAAUAACAGUAAAUCAUGUAUAACUGGCCACAAAACAAACCCUAACAUUAUAGUAAGUACAUGUAUAAAUAUUACCUAGCACUUACACUGUAACAAUGACUCCUUAAAAUAAAGUCCAACCCAGCAUACAGGAAAAAAAACUACAAGAAUCGCAAAACAAGAACGGCGAGCAUGCAUAGGCUAUAAUGCCUGCAGGUCUGACAGCCAUCACAAUCCCAGUAGACAGAUACAUACGAAAGUUAUCAACUUGAAUUUCCAAUAGCCUAUUUUUCCAAGUAAACACUGUACUCCCCUGCAACAACUAUAUACAAACAGAAUCAGAAAUUGUGAGUAGUAACUGCACUUUGAUCUCUGCACUACUGAGGGACACCGGCUCAUAAACGCAUUCAUCCUUUGAAGCUUUAUGAUGUUGUACCAUUACGUCUCCACCUUCUGCCCUGUCCAAGCUGCCGUGCCUUAGGGCAAACAAGCUGCUGUUUGCAUAGAGCAUCUUUACAAGUGACAGUGAAUUUGUUUGCACGUUGGCCCGCUUAGACUGCAGGGAAUUUGUUAAUGCAUCCCAAAACAAGUGCAUAUGAUUUAACAUGUCCUCUAUUUGUUUCUUUGGCUGUUUUUAACACAGGGCCGAGUGCGGGUACAUCUUUAAUUGGCAUAACACAUGACAGCAUAGCACACUUCCAAUACUUGCCACUAGAGGGAGCUGUAAUUCAGUAAAGCGUAUAGAUGCGCAUCAACAAUUUUAUUUAUGGAUGUAACUUUUAUUUGCACGAUCUUACAAGAAAAACCGUGCACUGUGAAAAAUGAUAAAUGAUUAAAUGCCACGAGAUGCAUUGCUAUGCGUUUUUAGUUGCAUACGUGAUACUUCUGUAUUUUCCAGAGGAUUUUUUUUUUUUUGUUUAGUUUGCAAAUUGUAUUGGUGAACCAUGCUUGCCUUUAAAAGUGAUGAGAGAAGUUGCAUGCAUCAUUUACAGAGAGGAAUUGUAGUUUGCCCACAUGCAACACUUUAAAUCCUUGGCUUUUAACUUUUUCUCUACAAUCUAUAAAAGAAAGUUUUUUUACGCACCUGACCAAGACUACUUAAUAAAUACUGUUAUUAUUAAGCGUUUAUAAAACGUUAUAAAAAGUUUCACACAUACAUCCCACAACUACGUCCGUUUCUCACCAACCUCGAUACAUAACGCAAAAAAGGCGGAGAUGUCACUCAAGCGUGCCCGUAAAGGUGGGCGGACUGCAGUGUCCCCCCUCUGCCAAUGGCAAAGCACAGACACAAGACCCAAAAUCCCUAAAAUCACCCAUCAGUCUGUGAAGCAGCCCGUAUCGCGCAUGCAGGAGAUGACGGAUCGUGUCCCCGCGCCCGCAGCUCACGCACGGUCCGCGGCGCGCCGAGCAGCAGCGUGAACGCCACGAGGAGACUUCAGCGCGCGCUGGGAAUUUACUCGCUCAUUCGCUUUCUCUUCAAUGUCACCAUGCGCAGCAUCUCAUCUUGCGGUGCACUGCUUUCCAUCUACUACCCCCAGAUCUUCCUCAUCCUCACCAGCGGCAGCUACCUGGCUCUGUCUUCAGUGGUAGCUUUGGGUGCGAACAUCAUCUGCAACAAGAUUCCCGGUCUGGCUCCCCGACAACGUGCCAUCUGUCAGAGCCGCCCAGAUGCCAUCAUCAUCAUCGGGGAGGGCGCUCAGUUGGGCAUCAACGAGUGCCAGUAUCAGUUUCGCUAUGGGCGAUGGAACUGCUCUGCCCUUGGAGAGAGGACGGUUUUUGGGCAAGAGCUGAGAGUAGGCAGCAAGGAGGCUGCGUUUACCUACGCCAUCACCGCUGCUGGUGUCGCCCAUGCUGUGACAGCAGCCUGCAGUCAGGGCAACAUGAGCCACUGUGGCUGCGACAGAGAAAAGCAGGGCUAUCAUGACCAGGAAGAAGGCUGGAAAUGGGGCGGCUGUUCAGCGGACGUUAAAUACGGAAUGGAGUUCUCCAGGCGCUUUGUGGAUGCCCGAGAGAUUAAAAAAAAUGCAAGAAGAUUGAUGAACCUGCACAACAAUGAGGCUGGCAGAAAGGUUCUAGAAGAAAGCAUGAAGUUGGAAUGUAAAUGCCACGGUGUUUCCGGCUCAUGCACCACAAAGACCUGCUGGACAACUCUGCCGAAAUUUCGGGAGAUCGGCUACGUGCUGAAGGAGCGCUACGCCGCCGCUGUGGAGGUGGAGGCCGUGCGAGCCACGCGUUUUCGACAGCCCUCUUUCCUGCGGCUAAAGCAGUCUCGCGGAUACAUAAAGCCCACGGACACGGACUUGGUGUAUUUGGAGCGCUCGCCCAACUACUGCGAAGAGGACGCUGCGACGGGAAGCCCAGGAACUCGGGGACGCCUCUGUAACCAUACGUCCCCUCACGCGGAUGGCUGCAACCUGAUGUGCUGCGGCCGUGGCCACGACACGCACCAGUACACGCGAGUGUGGCAAUGCAACUGCAAAUUCCAGUGGUGCUGCUUCGUCAAAUGCAACACCUGCAGCGAAAACACAGAGGUUUUCACCUGUAAAUGAGCAAGACAAGGACGAGUCGUCGAUGGAAAUGGCAAGAAAAUGGAAGUGUUGAUCUACAGGGUCGCAUUUCUACACGGCUUCACUCUGCACAUCAGGCAGUCUCUAUGCGUGCAGAAGAUGCCGGACCUUCAGAGGAAAAUGCACUGACCGCAGUCUGGGUUGUAUUAUAUGAUUUCAUGCAUAUAUGCGGACGCUACAAAUGCAGCGCACGGACUUUAUAGUUCUCAGAUUCUCGAAUACUUAAGGAAGGCCGCUAUUGAGGGUACUGACUAAAAAUUUAUGAGCCCCUAUGGGAGUUCAAGAGGAAAGACGUGCUUUAACUCUGGAAAUGCUGGAAAGCUUAUAAAUGUUCAGUCACACUGUAUUUGUUUGAACACUGAAAAGAACAAACUUUUCCUUCUCUUUGGAGAAAAAUGCUAACAACUGUACUGUAAAAGUCCUCUGUAUGGUACACAGAGGUCUCUCUUUACGACGUAUAAUGCCAUUGCUACUGAUAAUGUUACUUCCAAAAUUUGACUUUAAACGAUACGCUACGGUACAUUGGGUAUGCAAGUGCUUCUUUAUUUUUUACCCAAAACAGAAAAUUAACAGUAAAUCAAGAAAAAAAAAACGAUUUUGGUCAAUGCUGCAGCUACUUAGUUUUAUGGGGCCAAAAUCUUUGUUUUGCAUGGUAUGGUAUGCUGUGUUGUUUUGUCUUGUAGAUUUGUUGUGUCUAAAUGUGUGUGGGACAGAAAGUGAAAGAACUUUUAGGUACCUCGUAGAAAUCCAUUGUGACCAAUCACCUUUCAAGUGCACAUUGCAUUCCCACGAAUUCCGGAAUCGCGGAAUUCCACAUUACUGAUCCGGCAUGCACGAGAUCUCGUCUAGUUAUAUUCCACUUUAUCCAACCAUAGAGCAGAGGUCCGAAUCGAUUAGAGCUAUACAUUUUUUAUCUAAAGUGUUUAUAUGGCUGGAAAAUUUGUAAAAGUAUAUUUUUUUUUUUCGAAAAUAUGGCACUUCAUGUCAAGUAUAUUCAAAAAAGAACAGAGUUAUUAUUAUUAUUCAUACAAUUUAUCUCAUCAAUCGUGUCGUCUUUUAAGCAUUUAAUUAUAAAACAAAAAUUUACAUUGCGUUUAAUGAUUCUUUCCUAAGCAGACCACAAUUCACUUUUCAAGAUUCAAACUCAUCUUUUCGUAGGAUUUGUAUUUGUACUUCCUUGCAAAUCACUACCGAAAUAAAUGAAUCAAACAGUUCGUAACAUUUACAUGCAUCAUAUUACAACAUCGCAUUUAAUGAAAACAGCAUAUGCGUUCAAUUAAACAUGUACAGGUGCAUGGAUAUCAAAGGUGCGUCAACAAUUGAAUUCUCCUAAAUUUUUUUUAUAUAUUUAUAUAUAUUGAAAUCUCCAGAGCCUACUCCUGCCUAAGUUUGAAUAGGCUUGACCUGGCUCAUUUAUUGGGACACCGUAUAUGCUCUCUGCCCCUCUGGUCUUUUUCCUGUGUGUGAAAAGCAUUGCAGGCAGCCAUCAGAGCAGAAGUAAAUGGGACCUGUUUUGUUAGCCGUCUGAACUGCUGGGUACCGGAACCGUGUAAGCUCCCACACUAUACACCGGAUUGUGAGUAAAGUCAACCUCGAUUGUUUCAUGCAAACAUUUUGUCAUUAAAAAAUAUGAGGCAGAGAAAA